CGGCUUAAAGUUCCAAGUCUAAACCCAAAACCCGAAGCUUCUUCUCAACGACAACGUCAACUUUGGCGGCGACGACGACAACUACCAACAACCAACGACCAACCAUUACUAACCAUCCACCAUCGCGAGUCUCCAUUUAUAUUAAUACAAAGCUGUGAAAAAAAUUUUAACGUCUAUCACCACCAUCAUCAGCAUCGUCACCUAAACUGCUAUAUAUUUGAUUCUAAGUCACUUUAUUGAUUUUAUUUAUCAAAAUGAGUGACAGUUAUAAUCGCGAUUAUACUAACAGAAGGAGACGUAGCGACAGUGGAAGUGGUGGCGGAGGUGGUAGUAACAGUGGAGGCGGUGGAGGUAGCACUAGAGGUGCUGGUAGUACCAGCGGGGGUGGCGGAGGAAGCCGCCGAGGAUUUGGAGGCGGUGGCGGAGGAGGUGGCGGCGGAGGAGGAGGUGGUGGAAGUUACAGAGGUUAUGGAAAUCGCAAAUAUGGAAGUGAUAGUAGAGAUAGACGUAAUGGUGGUGGAUAUCAACGUAAAGAAUGGAGUAAUUCUUAUCGCGAUAGUCGUGGAAGAGAUGGUUCACGUAGUAAUGGUUCUUAUCAUGGGAACUAUGAUCGACAGAGCACAACUGUCAUGCAUAUUCAGCAACAGCAUGUUGGUAAGAUUAUAGGACGUGGUGGUUCUAAUAUUAAAGAUCUUCAAGCUCAGAGUAAUGCUCGCAUUAAUAUUGAUAAAUCUGGGUACAGAGAUGGCAUUCCUGUUACAAUAACAGGAUCUCCGGAGGCUCGACAAAAAGCUAAACAUCUCAUUGAAGAUGUUAUUAAUGAUAGAUCAUCAUACGGCUCUGGAAAUGAUCGUGGAUCAUCUUACAGUUCAAGACGAAGUGAUCGAGGGCCUUAUUAAUGAUCCCCUGUCGUUUCAUUAUUAAAAAAAAAAAAAAAUAAGUGUGUAAAAAAAUGAAAAAGUAAAUAAUCUUUUUCAUCAAUUAUUUACAUAAAUCUUUUAAAAUAAUGGUAAUAAGCUAAAAUUAUAAUUUUUAUUAUUAUUAAUAUUACGGAAAAAAAAAUAAAAAAUAAGUACAGACAAAAAUACGAACUCAUCAUACAAUCCAAUCAUAAUAAGUAUUUUUAACAUAGUGGUAUAGUUAAACCAUCAUUUCAAUUCCGUGAAUAGAAAAUAAUAAUUUAUGAUUACUACAAGUAUGUACUAUCCAAUUUUUGUUUUUAUAAACGAUUAUACUGUAUGUCAAAUCUACUGUAAUAAUUAUUUUUUUUGUCCAUUGAAUAAAUUUAGAAAUAUAUCAAUUAUAAAUUAA